AUGAAUCGAUCUCCUAGAAGAAAAACACAACCAAAAAAAUUUUCACCUACACAAUCUUCAAUAUGUUCUCCUCAAAAUUAUUUAUUACGAUUCGAAGAUAAUGGUGAAUUGAUUGUGGCAAAACGAUCUAGUAUCAGAUCAAUUAUCGAGGAUAAAGCAAUUGUUGGAGUAGGUACAAAACGUCGUACAGCAAUAGUCGAAGCUAAAGGUAAGAUUGGCACUUCGAGUUUCCAAAUCGGUUCGAAGAGUCGAAUAUUUGAAUUUGAUCCCGUUGCUUCAGAUUUACCAAAUUGA